GAAGAGGCCGUCUGAUUACGGUUGGAAGGGGGGACAAAGGCAAGAAUCAUCAUAUUCUCUCAAUUCCGCUCCAUUUCAAUCGGAAACAAAAACGUAAAAAAAAAAAAAAAAAAAAAAAAAGAAAAAAAAAAAAAACAAGCGCGAAAAUGGAGGGGAAUACCAAGAAAACGAUGGCCAUGAUCUCAGUAUGUUGUAUACUCAUGGUUUGCAUGCUGUCUGUCCAUUCAAUCGCUACCAAAGGCUCCACUCGUCGUCUAUUGUUUGGUGAAAAUCUUCCAAUCAUAGGACAUGAUGAUGAAAUUCCUGAUUGGAUGAGGUUUAACAAUCGUCGUCUUCUCUCUGGUAAAAACCGCCGUCUUCUCUCUGGUGGGAAUCUUCCAAUUUUGGGGCAUGAUGAUGAAAUCCCGGAUUGGAUGAGUUUAAACAAACGUCGCCUUCUCACAGACGAAAAUCUGCCAAUUUUGGGGCACGAUGAUGAAAUCCCGGACUGGAUGAGGUUCACUAAGCGUCGUCUUCUCGCAGGCGAAAAUCUCCCAAUUCUGGGGCACGAUGACGAAACCCCGGACUCGAUGAGCUUAAACAAGCGUCGUCUUCUCUCAGGCGAAAAUCUCCCAGUUGUGGGGCACGACGAUGAAAUUCCCGAUUGGAUGAGCUCAAACAAGCGUCGUCUUCUCUCAAGCGAAAAUCUCCCAGUUGUAGGGCACGACGAUGAAAUUCCCGAUUGGAUGAGCUCAAACAAGCGUCGCCUUCUCGCAGCCGAAAAUCUCCCAAUUGUGGGGCACGACGAUGAAAUCCCGGAUUGGAUGAGCUUAAACAAGCGCCGUCUUCGCGCAGCCGAAAAUCUCCCAAUUGUGGGGCACGACGAUGAAAUCCCGGAUUGGAUGAGGUUAAACAAGCGUCGUCUUCUCGCAGCCGAAAAUCUACCGAUUGUGGGGCACGAUGAUGAAAUCCCGGAUUGGAUGAGGUUAAACAAACGUCGUCGUCUCUAAGUCUCAGACGAAAUAUUCCAGUUCUAGGGCACGAUGAUGGGAAAUGAUGAGAUUUGGGAGUGGGAGGGAGAAGAGGGAAGAAGGCAGAAUUUCAUUUGGGUAGAUGGUCAUUUUCUCUUUAUUUAGGGAUAAAAAAGACAUUUUCCAAAAAAGCAAGAUGGGCUGCACUGGGCCGCAUAGCCGUAAAUGGAAAAGUAAACGGCUGAUAAAGGGUAUCAUUAUCAGCCCUAACCAAACAGGCCCUAAUUUUUUUUAUUCCUUUUUUUCUUUUAUUUUUAUUUUUAUUUUUUUGAGGUAAGUACUUGAUUAAUGUAAACGCAGUUAUAUAUAUUACCUUCUUUUGUUCACUAAAU